GAUCCAUCCGUUGGUUGCCUCGGGAUUUGUAUUCCUUGCACAGAUUCGCACUUGUACAUCCCACUUCGGCACAUGCUGGCAGCUUCUUCCUCAGCCGCGUUUCCAGCCCAUUUACCUACUCAAUUCCUAGUCCUGUCGAGUUACACCCUGUCCAGUCGUCGCCUGCGCCGCAUUACGACCGAGUGAGCGUUGAUCCCCUCUGCUCGUCACGCAUUUUAGCAGAGCGUACUCUCGACGCAGCAUUACCAGCGAAUUCCCUCCUCUGUAGUAACUAACUGUACAAACUGUACUCUUCGCAUGGGCUCUUCUACCUGAAACUAGUCAUCUCCUCAAAAUGUAUGUCACGAAUAGGAUGACUCUCCUAGUUAUGACCCACUAAGCCAAUGAGAAUAACCCUGCAUCGCCUGCUAACCGGCUGCAUCGGGGGUUCUGCUAGGUACCAUUGCUCGAAAGUUAUUUGUGACCCAUCGCUAUUGUCACCUCCGCUAUCAGGCACGAACAGGUCGUAUCAGGUGCCUGCGCAGGCAGACACGACAUCAGCAACAGGCAUAACCCGGUCGAGUAACACAUUCGCGAAAGUUCGUUACUCAGCAUCAGGAGCGAGUUACCCGACCGUGAUCCCAUCUUGCGCAGGCGCAAGGGCUACAACUCCAAAAAGCCUCAGCCGAAAACUAUCGAGGCGAAACGCUUCUUCCCAGAGUGUUUUCUGGGAUCCUACGAGGGGUACACCUCCCACCGUAUUCUCUUUGACAGCCACCUCCUCCUUCGCCACCACUUUCAGCCGUUCUCAACCGUUCAGUGUCCAUCCAAAGCGACAUUGCCAUCCCUUGCUCCUCAGGAUCGCAUCGCCAGCUGGCAGUUUGGGACUGGCCCGUGUUUCCCAUCGUGUCACGCCACGGCACACCAGUAAGCGGCUAGCCGGCCAAAUGGACGGCCAGCUGCAGCAGCAAGAGAACAGACCUCACGGCGAGGCCAGGGGGGGGGAGGAGGUCGGAAACGGAGAGGUGAAUCCGAUGGUGGACGAGGUGGCGAAUUCGGCGUCACAGGGCGCAGAAGCAGAAGCGGGACCGCUUUUAGAGGGGAUGGAGCAGAAUGGCGCUCACAACAGCAGCACCAGCUUCGGCACCAGCAACGCAUCCUCCCCUCCAGCCCCCCCUCCCUCCCUCCUCUCCCUCGCCUUCCUCCGCCUGUCCCGUGCCCUCACCACGCUCCCCUCCCCAGCGCACCUACGCGUCACCCUCCUCACCAUCCUCGCCAUCUCCCCCCUCAUGUACAUCUUCGCCUCGUGGGCCGACGCCUUCUACCUCCCCCAGGCCGGCUUCCCAAUCCGCCUCAUCCUCUUUGUCUUCGUCUUCCCUUCUUUCUGGGAAGAGCUCUUCUGGAGAGUGCUCCUCAAUCCGCACCCAGACGAGCCCCCCUCGCCUCUUCCCCCCUGGCUGCACACUCGCCUCGCUUCCCUCUCCUCUCGGAUUACCUCCCUCCUCUCUCCCCUCCUCUCUUCCCUCCACUCCGCCUUCCCGUCUCUGCGCUCCUCCCCGCUUCCUCGGGAAUGGCUCGCAGAUCCAAAAGUGUUUUACGGCGUCCUUUCAACAUCACUAUACGUGUUAGCACAUCCGUUUUCAGCAUGGAUGGGCCGCCCUGCCGCGUUAAGGUUAUUUUCGCACCCGGGUUUUCUGCUAUGCUGUGUGGUGCUGGGGUCGGCCUGUCUCGUAGUGUACCGGAGAACUGGAUCAGCGUGGGCGGCCAUCUUGGUGCAUUGGGUGGCGGUGUCUGUUUGGAUGUGCUUGGGAGGGAGGCACCAGGCACCGUUUUGAGAAUUUCUAUAACUACAUGGGUUUUCUGCACUCAACAGCAGUCACGCCCAGCCCAGGGUAUGAUGUAUUGCGGCAGGGGAGAGGGUAUGUCACAUGAAACCUGCAUUACUGGCAUGUUAUCCAUACAAGGAUCGGAGUCAUCAUGGGGCGGGUUCUGGAUACAGUGUUGGAUGAAAUAAGCUGCCUAGGUUAUCAGGUGCAACAGCAAACGUG